GGGCAACGCGGAGGUAGGGUUAGUGUCAAUAUCGAUAUCUUAGCUCCGUUUUUCACUUAUCGGUCGCGAUAUUGGGAACAGCUUCGACUCUGAGAAAAUUUCCGAGAGGGGGGAGUUAACAUGGCAGUGGUUCCUUCUUUACUCUACUAGAACGAGAAGGAGAACUAGAAGCAGAAGGGAGGGAAGUUAACUCACCACUCUCUUCUGCUGUUUAGCCCUAAACCCUAAACACUGACUUGCUUGCAGUCUUGCAGACGACUCUAGAGAACAAUCAAAGCAUUCUUUUCUUUUGAUCUUUUCUACACUUGUGACAGUUGUAGUUUUCGGUUAAGAAGGAAUUCGUUAUCAAACUAUUUAAUGUGUUUUGAAGAGUGAUUAGUGGUUCAAACUUGUAACGAUUCUUGGAUAUACAUACAUUUUUGAGAAAAGAUGGAGAACAAAGGGGAACGAGAUAUUAAAGAGUUUUUGUAUGCUUACCUGAUGAAAAAGUUUAGAAUUCCACCAGUUUACGUCGUUAAUUCAAUGGGAGAUCAGAGUGGAUACUACUGUGAGCUGCGUGUGAGAGGAUUCAGUUUUGUUGCAACUGGAAGGUCAAGUUCGAAAAGAAAUGCCCAAGCCAAUGCUGCCAACAGCUUUGUUGCACAUUUGGUUUGCCAACAAAUCAUGAGAGAAGAAGAAAUUCCAAAUAGGAAUACACUUACUAUAAUAAAACAAAUGGGACCAUAUGGAUGUUCAGGUAACACAGUCAUCAGUGGAAGACAUGUUCAGAGAACAGAUGGAGAUUCCCGAUUAGGGAGGGAAGCAGCUCCAUUCAAUCCUGGAGGAUACUCUGUAGAAAAUGCGAAAGCUAAACUGCAUCCAUUUUUAACGGAAAAUAGAAUCAAAACAGAUUAUGUGUACCAAUCUUAUGGGCCUGAUCAUCAAAAGAGUUUUUUCGCCGAACUUCAUUUUGUCUUCCGUGGCAGAGAAAUAUAUGCUCGUGAAAGAGCUUGUACAAAGGUUCUGGCUUCUAAAGCUUGCGCCCUUUCGAUCGUCCAACAAUUAUUCCAAAUGAAAUUUAUCGGACCGGCUGGGUCUCUGGUUAGUGGUAGCAAAAAAAACCAAUUGGAAACCAGACCCUUCACCGUCAUUGUUCGCGAUGAAUUGGAGAGGGAACUCAAUCGCACCAUUUUGGAACACCGUCUGUUACCUAAAAUAGUAAAACAGGGUUUAUCCGAACCGCAAACUCUGUGGGAUGAGCGACUUGCACCAAAAUCUAUGCGCCUUGGUGAUAUUGAUUCCCGCCAUGGGUCAAUUGACAUUCCGUGGUCUCCUCCUACUGCCAACUGGAACACAUGGACCGCUAGUAGAAUCGAACGAGGAUAUUACGCCACGAAUUCAUUGGAUACGAUUAGUCAAGACUUGUGGCAGAGACAAGAGCGUCUUUUACAAUCAGAUCAGAAUUUUCAAAAGGCACUAGAAGAGCGCAAAUCUUUACCUAUUUAUGCCUUCAAGAAUGAUGUUAUGGAUGCUCUUUACAAUAAUUCUGUCGUCGUAAUUCGUGGUAAUACGGGUUCUGGCAAAACAACACAGGUAUGCCAGUACAUUCUGGACGAUUAUUUACGUUGUAAGGAAGGCGCCCAGUGUUCUGUUAUUGUAACGCAACCACGAAGAAUUUCAGCCAUAUCCGUCGCCGAACGUGUAGCGUCGGAGCGUCGGGAAGAAGUGGGAGAAUCAGUUGGAUUUAGCGUCCGGUUUGAAAGCACACUGCCUCGUCCAUACGGAUCAAUCCUCUUCUGUACUGUUGGAGUACUUCUCCGGAGAUUAGAACGGGGUCUUCAAGGCGUAUCUCAUGUUAUUGUUGAUGAGGUUCACGAACGCGAUACAAAUACUGAUUUCUUACUCAUUAUGCUGCGUGAUUUGGUGACCCAGCACCCAGAACUUCGCAUCAUUUUGAUGUCAGCAACUAUUGAUACUUCGCUUUUCAGUCGCUACUUUGGCAAUUGUCCAGUAGUUGAUAUUCCUGGCAGAGUUCACCCUGUGAAAUUACAUUACUUGGAGGAUUGUGUUGAGAUGCUUCGAUUUCGGCCUAGACAGGACACAAAGAAAACUUUCAUACGCAAAGAUGAUGACGACGAAGAGAAUAUGAAUUUGAAGGUGAUCGGGAAAUACUCCUUGGAUACUCAAAGAGCUAUGGCUCUUCUCGACGAGAAAGAUAUUUGUUUAGAGCUGGUGGAAGAAUUACUUGUUCACAUCAAGCAAAUGAAAGUUCCUGGCGCAGUGCUUAUUUUCUUACCUGGAUGGAGCACCAUUUUCGCAUUACUUCGACAUUUGCAGCAAAGUCGAUAUGCUAGCGAUUAUCUACUUCUGCCGUUGCACUCCAUGUUGCCGCGAGAAGAUCAGCGACGUGUUUUUCAGCCUGCUCCCGAGCGUAAGAUCAAGGUCAUUUUGGCGACAAACAUCGCGGAAUCUUCCAUAACCAUCGACGAUGUCGUCUUUGUCAUCGAUUCCUGUCUCGCAAAUGUCAAGCUUUUUACGUCGCACAACAAUAUGCACAACUACGCUACUGUUUGGGCAGCUCAGGACAAUUUAGAACAACGUCGGGGUCGUGCCGGCCGCGUCCGUCCAGGAUAUACCUUUCGAUUGUGCAGCUACCGUCGCUACCAACAUUUAGAAAAGAGUUUAAAGGCCGAAAUACUCCGUUCACCACUUCACGAAACUGCAUUGGCUAUUAAACUUCUUCGUCUUGGUUCAAUUGCUCAAUUCCUAAGUAAAGCUCUAGAGCCACCUCCGAUCGACGCAAUCAUCGAAGCGGAAGUCAUGCUCAGGGAGAUGAAGUGCCUCGACGGUAAAGAGGAACUGACAGCCCUUGGUCGAUUAGUAGCCCGAAUCCCUGUAGAGCCAUCUUUAGCUAAAAUGAUUAUUGUCGGUGCACUAUUUGGGCAUGGUGAUGCCAUGUGCAUUCUUGCUGCUGGUGAGUCUGUUAGUGCAGACGUUUUCUUCCUUGGUCUCAAUAAGCGACUUAGCGAUACUCAGCGAUCCUUUGCCGGUCAGCGUUAUUCUGAUCACGUGGCUUUGCUCUCUGCGUUUUACGCUUAUGAGCAGGUGCGGAUCGAGUCUGGACCUCGUUCACUGCAUUCUUUUUGUGAAGCAAAUGGUUUAUCGUAUUCCUCACUUCGCACCUUGUACGAUGCCCGCUGCCAACUUCAAGAUAUACUGCUCAGUUUCGGAUUUCCUAAAUCCUGUCUUGCACCUAAGGUUUAUCGAGUCAACGGUAAUGAUCCCGAAUUGGAUGUGGUGAUUGGUCUUAUCGGAAUCGGUCAUUACCCUAAUAUAUGCGUCCACAGAGAAAAACGAAAAGUACAAAUGGCUGAUGCUCGCUCAGGACCUUCUCUGAUCCAUAAGUCUUCCGUCAACUGCCCAGAUUCAGAUGAAAUUGAAUUCCCGCUACCCUAUUUCGUUUUCAGCGAAAAAAUUCGUGCUGGAGCAGUCGUUUGCAAGAACGUGACUCUAGUCACACCAAUUCACCUCAUUUUGUUUGGCUCCAAACGAAUUCAAAUGAUUCCAGAAGCUUCUGGAAUGGAUAUAAUACGACUAGAUGGAUGGAUCAAUUUCCAGAUAAAUCCACAGACCGUGGCGAAUAUUUUAUCUCUCAAACCUGCUCUUGAUGAAACCAUUGCCAGACUAUCGGCUGACCCGGAGUCCAUAAUCGAUUAUUUUCGAAGUCCGGUUGUUAAGUUGAUCAUGCGACUGUGCGAUUUUCAUGCAGCCGAAUACCCGAGCUCGCCUGCCUGUCAGAAUUCCAAACGUCCUUCAGACGAAGGAUCUGAUAGCGAGUUCAAAUUUGGUCGCUACGAAACUCGUGUUGUAUCUCAUCGGCCUCCAUCUAUCAGUCAAAACUUUGCGUCAAGGAGAAACGAAUCGGUGAGCAAUGGAUCAAGUGGACCUUGUUCCACCAGUCAGCGAGGAGUUAACGGUAACUGGCGCGGAACUUCAGAGUACGAACGAAAACAAGGUGGUUAUUAAGAGAAUGAAAAGGGGCAAUCAGAGCACAGCAGUUCACAUCAAUCAACAAGCAUGUCCAGUGCCCAACGCUGAUGGAUUGAGUCUUGUAAUGGUACAUCAAAGUACUCACUUCUAAAACAGUUUGUCUGUUUAAAUUCGUAUAAGUGGAUCUCGUUAAAAUAAGACAGAAUUUGUGAUUCCAAUGCUUCGUAUGAUAUUUAUGCUUUAACUUAAAUUAAAAUCGUUUCCCUUAAAUCAUUAAUCUUUGAAAAAUUCUCUUACUUAAAUACACAUGUCAAGUACCAAUCCAGAUUGGCAAAUGAA